AAAUAUCCAACCCAACGGCCUGUCUCGGGAAGUUUCAACUGGGCGAUCUUUAUUUCCUUCGAAGACGGCGUACGAUGGGUCUUUAGAUCGCCACACUCUAGAUCAUUCAUGCCAAUGGAAAUCGGGGAAAAGAUACUCACAAGCGAAGCUGCUACGCUGCGAUACCUUAGAGCUCACAGCGAUAUUCCGGUUCCAGAAGUAUACGACUAUCGCGCCUCAGAUGAUAAUAAAAUCGGAAUUUCAUUCAUUCUUAUGAGUGAAGCACAUGGCUGGCCACCGUCGAAGAUUUGGAGGCCAGCAGGUUCUCCUCAACCCGAUCUAGACGCCCCCAGCAAGGCCAAAGUCCUCUCACAGCUAGGCGCGCCUGUUCCCUCACGGAGUGACUACUCAUCCCGCAUGCAGUAUGAGAGCGCUGUGGACCAAUGGAACGACUUCGUGACCAUUGGACGUAAGAUCGACUCGGCGGAAAACAGAUUGGAUUAUAUGAUAGCAGGCGAUAUUCUCCGUGAUAUUGUACGAAACUUCAAUCUCGCAGUAAUCAAGCCGGGGACUUUUCCGUUAUGCCAUCCCGAUCUGAGUGUUAACAACAUAUUCGUUGAUGAUGAUUACAACAUUUCUUGUAUCAUUGACUGGGCCUUCUCUUCAUCUAUUCCCGAAUCUAUGCUGUUGGCACCGCCAGGAUUGCCACAGUACUGCGAUGAACUUACCUCGGACUUCCAAAUGCCCUUCAUAAAUGGUUUCAUUGCUGCUAUGCCUCAGUCGAUGGAGAGGUCAGUCUGCAACGGAGAGGUCAGUCUGCAACGGAGAGAUUCGCAUCCUCGGUUUAUGGAAAUCCACGUCUUCAUCUUCGACCUCGGCAUGCUCGGAACAACGGAGCCGCCAACUCAAAGCCGAGCAAUGUAG